AUUCCCGACUUCGACGAGAUCAUCAGAGAUGGAACGGGCCUGCAACCUAUUGUGCAAAUGCCAUGUUAACGACCUACCCUGUUACCAAUGUGUCCUCCUUGAAUGCACCAUAGUGAGACCAAUGAAUGACAUGGUUCCUCAGCCGUCUGCUCCCGUCCUGGAGGAAUGUCUCGAGUUUUUCCCUCCUAGCAGUCUUGAAGAGAGAGGACCAGCCAAGCCGCCACCUUCAGCUUCCUCAGGUGAAUCAUUCGUGGCAUUUCGUCCUGGAGAGGCGAGGGAUGAGGGCGUAGGAAAAGAAGCCCCUGCAAGCGGGAAAAGAACAGGUCAAUCGCCCCUCACAGAACAAGAUCUUCGCGAAACAGUCGUCGAGAAAUUAACUUCAGAGACAGCCGAGCUACAGCGUACAAGGACCAGUGGGACAAGCUAGCGUCGAGAAUGGCGUCCGUCUCAAAAGUACCCUUGUGAAACGACCCGAAGACAAAACGGUCAUCACCAACGAGAAUUCUACUUUUUUCUUCAUUAGAUUUCGUUUCUUUUCGAUCAGUGCUAUUAUUAAGCAUGGGUCAUGUGACUAUUUUUUCUCUGUAAACCUUUUUUUAAGCCGUACCCAGGGUUUUUCUUGACGUAAGCAUACUUACUUAUUUCUGUUUAAAGUUACAUUUCUUUUAUAUCAACACAUUUGAAAUUUGUUCAUUUGAGCAUUGUACAUUUUAGA